UGUUGUCAUCUCCGCCCCUAUCUGAUUAAACCACACAGCCCGCCUGUGCUCCACGCCGUCAGAGGAGAGGGAUUUUUCGGCCGCAGAUUCGCGAGCGGACCCGUGGAGACUCAGCUACUCUUUUUGUUUUUCCUCAUGAUGUCAUUUAUACACAAACAGUGACCCGGUUUGAGUCAAUGUUGCUGCGACUGGUGCGCUCUGCACACGCGUGGGUCAUGCUCUGCACCUGACAGCCCGACUGCAAGACUUUUGAGUUUAGACUUGAACAGGAGGAAAACUUAGCAUCGCCCCCAAGAAGUUGUCCACUGCUGCGGACUCUUCACCAACGGACUGUUGUAAACCAAAUUUAUAAAUAUUUGUUUUUUACUGCUUUAAGCUGCAUCACCGAGGCGAAACGGCGACUUCAGUCGAUUACCUUUCUUUCCUUUGCUAUCCAAUGGAUAUUCACUGCAAAGCAGACCCCUUCUCGGCGAUGCACCUGUCCCACGCAGGGCACGGCGGUGUGAACCAGCUCGGCGGGGUGUUUGUGAACGGCAGACCCCUCCCGGACGUGGUGAGGCAGCGGAUCGUGGAGCUGGCUCACCAGGGUGUCCGGCCCUGCGACAUCUCCAGACAGCUACGGGUCAGUCACGGCUGUGUCAGCAAAAUCCUCGGCAGGUACUAUGAAACCGGCAGUAUUAAACCCGGAGUCAUUGGUGGCUCCAAACCAAAGGUUGCAACUCCGAAAGUGGUGGAUAAAAUUGCUGACUAUAAGCGCCAAAAUCCAACCAUGUUCGCUUGGGAGAUAAGGGACCGACUACUGGCUGAGGGCGUCUGCGACAACGACACUGUCCCCAGUGUUUCAUCCAUCAACAGGAUUAUCCGCACCAAAGUCCAGCAGCAAUUCCACCCGUCCCCUGACGGAUCUGUUACGCCGCUCUCCACGCCCGGCCACACCAUAGUGCCCAGCACAGCCUCGCCCCCUGUGAGCAGCGCCUCCAACGAUCCCGUAGGAUCCUACUCCAUCAACGGCAUUCUGGGUAUCCCCCGCUCCAACAGCGAGAAGAGGAAGCGAGACGAGGUUCUCUGGAGUGGCAACCACAUGGAUGGAAGGAAAAUAGGACAUUAUGGCUCUGAUGGCUCAGGCCCGGGCAGCGACUCUCAGGGCAGUGUGGAGAGUCUAAGGAAGCACCUGCGAGCGGACGCCUUCACCCAGCAGCAGCUGGAGGCCCUGGACCGUGUGUUUGAACGUCCUUCUUACCCUGAUGUCUUCCCCACUUCAGAACACAUCAAACCUGAACAGGCGAAUGAGUACGCACACCCUUCCCUGAACGCUGGCCUGGAUGACGUGAAGCCGAGCCUUUCCUCCAGCGCGAGCUCCGACCUCGCCUCCAGUGUCUCCCAGAGCUACUCUGUUGUGACAGGUCGAGACAUGGCCAGCACCACCCUACCUGGCUAUCCGCCUCACGUCCCCCCCACAGGACAAGGCAGCUACCCCACCUCCACACUCGCUGGAAUGGUUCCUGGAGGGGACUUUUCUGGAAACCCUUACUCUCAUCCACAAUACACCACUUACAACGAAGCAUGGCGGUUCAGCAAUCCUGCAUUACUAAGUUCCCCUUAUUAUUAUAGUGCCGCAUCCCGUGGCUCCGCACCACCCACUGCUGCCACGGCCUACGACCGCCACUAGUUACUAUGGACACCAGCUCAAACUGCAGGGCCAGGGCUACGGCCUCCAUAUUGUCCCCGUCUGAGAAACACUGAGGUCAAAGGGAAGCGAUGUGGAAUCCUAAAGGAAACCCCGUGAUGUUACACGAUGUGGAGGAAGGUCGACGCCGAUGCAUCUAGCCCAGCUUCAGCGUCACACACUUUGGGUCAAAAGGGCCCGCGGGGCGUUCAGAACUCACCCAUCAUGCCCUCACUCUCUCACUGGCCCGAACAUUUCCAGAAUGACUUUAAGAGAUUAUAUAAAUAUAUAUAUUAUAAAAUAUAAAUUGAAGAAAAACAGUGUGAAGAAUACCAUGUGGAAAAAAAUGUUGUGGGUUUUUAUUUUUGUUUCUUUGUUGCUGUUGUUGUUGUUGUUAUUUUAUUCAUGGAUCCUCACAUUCCUUUUAUGUGAUGAACUGCAGUAUUUUUCUGCUCUAAAGAGAGAAGUCCAGGGGAGAUGGCAAUGGUCCCAUAGCUUGAUGAUGCAGCGAUAAACACAGCAUGUCCUACAACGUUUACUGACCCUAUAUAGACCAAUGGCAACAUCACACUCCCUGUGGAAAACAAUCAGAUGUAAAAAUGUAAAUCAUUUUGCAAAGUAUUAAAAACAUGGCGACCACAAAAUGGUCUCGCCAGAAUUUUAAAUACUUUAAAUUAUUUUUUUCUGUCACUAUUUUUUAAUGUAAAAAGAAAGGCUAUCAAAGAUUCCUUCAGAGUAGUUGUCACACUUCCCUCAUUAUCCAGUCAUGUCCAUGUCCAUGCAUGAUCGUCCUUUGCUCUUUUUUUGCACUAUAACCUCCGCUUAUUUAAUUUAUUUGGUACAUUCACUUAAAAUUAAGUUUAAUUAACCUACCAUUUUAAAACAUAAGUUGAUGCUAUUUAUGUUGGAUAGUGUAGGUGCAAAAACACAAAGCAGACAGACAGAAAGACAUGUUUUUGUGUGAACAUCUUCAAGUUUCUGAGGGGUUUGUAAGCCAUAGCCCUAUGGCUACAUGAACAAAUUCAAUUCUCCUGGGUUAUAAUCCAUUCAGCUACUUAGUCAUACCACUAGAUGCCUACAGUUUAGAAAGCUGUUUGCAGUUGAACGAACCAACUGUAAAUUAGCUUCAACAAUUGCCUUACAAGCCUGUUUUUUCAACGUAAAUUCAUGCCUGUUCAACUAAAUUAAUUGCCUUUACAAACACAUAUUCACCACCCUCCUUGAUUUACAUUCUACUCUCUGAAAGGGACUGAAAGGAAAUACUGAUUCAGUUUGCUUUUUGGAAAAUAUUUUGUGAAUGUACUUUUAACUACAUUUGCCAAAGACUUAGUUUGAUAUUUAAUAUUUUAUUUACAGUAUAUGUAUGCAUAAAUAAAGCAGUAUUAUCUUUGAAAUAAGUAGUCAACACUGAACAUGUAUGCCGUGACUUUUCAACAAGCGAACAACAUGAUGCAUAUGACCGUAAUGAAAAAGGUGAAAUUCAGUGACUCAAUACUCCGUCAGUUCCAACAAAAUGCUGCUUUGUAGAAUGAUUUGUGAAUAAUGUGAAGACAAUUCUUCUCUGUAAAUAAUAUCACACACACCAUUGCAGUAUCAUACUAAUGUACUGGCUCCCUUUGUAGAUAUUCAGACUGAAAAAAAUACAUGCAUUACAUUUGUGUCUUAAUGUAAUGUUGUGCUCUGAGGAAAGGCACAACUACUGUUUGACCUGUGGCUACACAUACUGUAGUAGCAGGUUUCAGAUGCUAACAUCACAUAGGUUGUCUUUGUCAUUUUAUUUUAUUUUCAUGAUAAUGUCAUGAUGAUGUUUUAUGUCACUAUGCAAUGAGUUAAAUGGCUUUCUGUAUCAUCUUUUGUUGUUGGGCUCAGAUUAAGUAAUCCCCAUGGAGAACAGCAUAUAAAUUAACAAAUACAAAAGACCUCCAGUGUGAAAUGGUUUUUCUCUCAUUUCGCUUUUGCUCCACAAAUUCCCUUAAAUGAAGAUGCGAUCAAACUGAAGUCCUUGGCAACAAUCAAAGAUAUCGUCCUGUUUGCUGUUAGUAGAUGUUGUAAUCAUUAUGUUAAUCCAAAUUACAGUCAUCUGUGCCUCCAUGUAUAAAAACACAUCCACACUUAUUACCAGUCACCCAUCUCUCCUCCCUCUCCCCCACUCUCUCUACCAAUACAACGCUUUAUCGUAAGGCAUCCAAGACAAAGUUUACUUUAGUUCCACACAAGCAAAUACAUCUUCUGGCACCAGGGUUAACUGUCGUUGCUGAGGGCACCAGAUAACAGAGACACAGACUGCAGUCCUGCUCUUCAGGAGAAGCUAUCCUCUACAAAUUGCACUUGGGAUUUGCCUAUUUCUGUCUACAUGUAGCUCGACAUAUCUGAAAAAGAAACACUGGGGCAGAGUGAAAGCCACCGUCAUUCAGGCAAAGUCUUUGCUUUAGGAAGCGGAGUACCUCUGAAGGAAAGGGUCUUCUGCUGUUGUAAAGAUGAUACAGGAGAUGUGUCAUGGACAUAAAAAGGAUUUCUGAUGAAAAUCUAUACGGAAAGCCUUGUGGCCUCAAUCAUUGUUCUGUUUCAGUUCUAUUCCAAUUCUUUUUGUGCACAUGAGAAAUAAAU